AUGUCAAGAUCGAACGACUUCUUAUCGUACGAUCGUGCAGGACCUUAUCAAUUUUUAUGUACUGGGUUUAAUGCUGUUUAUCAAUUUCUAUUCCUAAUCUGUUUUCAAUCAUCUCGUAUCGAAUCGAAAAUAGAUCGAUAUGCAUGGAUGUACUAUGAACCAUACGGUAGUACCGUGUCUCUUGUUCCACUUAAGAAUGUUGGUCUUUGUGAUGAUCCAAAGAAUUGUUAUUGGGAAACACCGUCAAAACAACAAUUAAAUGUGGCAAAUUCAAUACAUAAUGACAAAUAUGAAUUAAAAACAAAUGGAACACUCAUAAUUAAGAACAUAAAUUCAAAUGAUAAUGGUAUCUACCAUUUUCAUAAACAAAAUAAGAGUCAACAUCUCGUGAGCAAAGCCUUAUUAAAUUUACAUGGAGCACCGUUUCGAACACUUUGGCUUGAAUAUUGGCCAAAUGUACUCGGAGGUAUUCUGGCAAUGGCAAGUAUAUUCGCUCUUUAUGGCGUAGGCAUCCUGAUUGAUAAAUAUCGUUAUCGUGCACCAGAUGAAAUUUACCUUAAUGAACAACGAGGAACUAUUCCACCUCUAGUAAUCCAACAAGAUCACGAUUAUAGUAAUACUCAUACAAAUCAAGGUAUUAUAUAA